AUGGCGGAAAGUGACCUACCUGAAGAAGUUAUGAUGAGUAUUCUGUGUUGGCUGCCUGUGAAAUCCUUGAUUCGAUUCACCUCCGUCUCGAAACGAUGGCGUUUCAUCAUCUUGUCCGACCCCCAAUUCGCCGCAUCGCAAUUCGAAGCAGCUCGUCAGCGGAAAACCCUAGUUCCCCGACUUAUCUUCUCCACCAACGCCCCUCAACUCGAAUCUGUAGACGUGGCUGAUACGGCGUCGUUUGGACACCCUUCCACAAUCAGACUCCUGAGCCUCCCUCUCGAGCAACAGAGGGGCCCUCCACGUGACGUCAGGCUACUGGGCUCCUGCAAUGGUUUGGUUUUUGUUGCCUUUGAUGCUGUUUCCUGCUUUUACAUCUGGAACCCAGCAACCGGAUUCUUCAAGGAGUUGCCGGAGCCAGGUUUUACCAACGGUCAAGAGCUCAUGUAUCAUGGUGUUGGCUAUUUGUCUGCCACAGACGACUACAGAGUUUUCGCAGCCACAUAUGGGCUUCGUCAGGAUAGAGAUGAAGAUGAAGACGAAGACGAAGGGAAUUGGGUAGAGACAGAAGAGAUGAAGAUGUUCUCCUCCAGAGCUCACGGUGUAAUCCUUGCUUUUGAUUUCGCACUUGAAGAGUUCAGGACAAUGCGUCUACCUGAUACUGACGACUCCGACUAUGAAUAUGGUGUAAAUUUUAAGAAUGUUGGGGUUUCUGAGGGAUGCCUGUGUGUGUGCAGUAAGCUGAGUGAGCGCUCUGUCAAUUUCUGGGUCAUGAGAGAAUAUGGUGUGGAUGACUCAUGGUCUAAGCUCUUUAACUUUACCCAUGGCGUUCCUGACCUAUACGGAAAUUUUUUGGUUAUGGGAAGCUGUACAGUUGCCUCCAAUUGGGAUAUGCCUCUCCACCAGGCUUUGGUAAAGAUUGAUCAUAAACAAGAAAAGGAAAUCGGCACGUACAUAAUUCAAAGCAGCUGGCAUAACAGCAGCCUUAACAUGUUCUCAUAUGAAGAGAGCCUACUUCGGAUUAAUGAUUAG